CCGAACUAGAAUACCGAUCAUGGGAGUAACUGACAUACGCUACCAACAACUCAUGCUACUACGGGACACUAAUAACAUGUGCGUACUAGACAAUCGAUCUCGUCGGACUCUAUGAUCAGCCACCAUCAAAUCACCACCACAUCCUCGUGACCAACCUACCUGCCUACCUACCUGCCUACAAACCUACCUAGUCGUGUCCCACGCCCAUGGCGCAUCUACUGAGCUCUACGAAGCUCUCAGCGUCCACCCGAAACGCACUUCUAUCGCUUCCAGCCUCCAUUCGACCAGCAGUCUACGCGUCGUGUCAGGCACGAUGGCAAACCACAAUGCCACCGGCAGCCAGAGGUGGACAGCCCAAAACCGCCAUCUUCUUCCCCGGACAAGGCGUGCAGCGUGUAGGCAUGACGACAGACUGGCUCGAAGCAUUUCCUCGCACGGUGAAACCCAUGUUGGAGCAGUUGGAUGAGACGUUGAAGCAGCCGAUUUCUAAAAUUAUCGAACAAGGGCCGAAUAGUAGAUUGACUGCAACGGAAAAUGCUCAACCGGCGAUUAUGUGGACGUCGUUGAUUGUGUUGCGCGUGCUCGAGCAGGAGUUUGGGUUUAAAGUGAAUGAGCGAGUUGAUGUGACGCUGGGCCACUCGUUGGGCGAGUUUGCGGCGUUGGUGGCUGGAGGAUAUCUACGAGAUACGGAUGCGUUGAAGCUCGUGAGGCGGAGAGCAGAGACGAUGGCGAAAUGCAGUAAAGAGGCGAAAGAGGAGGUGGGAAUGAUUGCGCUGGUGUGCGAGGCAGAUCGUCUACCGGCGAUGGUAGAAGCGAUUCACAGCUUUCUGGGACAUACGUCGGAAAAGACGGACGACAGCCAUGGUGAUCACGACCAACCACCACCAGCUCUUCGUCAGGUUCUGAUUGCGAAUGUGAAUUCGAAGAAUCAGAUUGUAUUGUCUGGUGGGAUUCGGGCAAUUCAGGAACUCAUGACGCAUUUGAGGCAAUUUGGAGGCCACGAUCCUCGAGCGGUGCGACUCAGCUCCGACAGUCCUUUUCACAGUCCUCUGAUGCGGCCUGCAGCGGAUCUGAUGAAGAAGAUGCUCUACCAAGCCUCCCCUUCACAGCGGGAUCAGGACAUUGUGGUGUGGCCCGGGUUGAUGCCUUGCAUCAGCAAUGUCUCGGCGAGGCCAUUUCAGAGUAAAGAGCAGCUCAAGGAUCUGCUCGCGAGGCAGUGCGUGGAGACGGUGCUGUGGCAUGAUAGCAUUGUGUAUCUCCAUCAGGAGGAGAAGGUGAAGCGGUGGAUUGGAAUUGGGCCGGGCAAAGUCGGCCGUAAUCUGGUCGGAAAGGAAGUGGGCAUGCGUGGUGCGGUUCGUGGUGGCGGUGUCUGGGGAGUCAGUUCUCCCAAGGAGAUUGAAGAGUUUCUGCGAGACUUUGAGUCGACUGAGAGCAUGCAGGAGUAAAGCAGUGUAGAGCGUAGAGCGUCGUACCAGCUAGUGACAGGAUAGCACAGGACAGAAC